GGAAGAUCACGUCUCAAAGGAAAACAUUAGCUAGUGUCACUACUCCGACCUGCGCCUGAUCUACGUGGACGCGCUCUCUGUCUCCUCCUGCUGCUCUAGUCAGUCAGCUCGCCAGCAAGUCGUCAACAUCAGUCUGAGAUAGCGGACAGCCAGGAAACCAGCGGGAAUGAAAGGAAGAAGAAAACACCCAAGAUAGCUCGCUUGAAACCGACCAGACACCAUGUCCAGUUUAAAGGGACUCUUCACCAGCUGCCUUGUGCUGUUAAGCUUGCUGUCCUGUGCCAAGGCAGUGCCAAUAAGUAUAGACAAAACUAAGGUGAAUCUCCCAGAGGAAACAGGCAAAGAGCCACCCCAGACUGCGGACACUGGACUGCAUUAUGACCGUUAUCUCAGGGAAGUUAUUGAUUUCCUUGAGAAAGAUCAACAUUUCAGAGAGAAGCUCCACAACACAGACAUGGAAGAUAUAAAGCAAGGAAAGUUGGCUAAAGAGCUUGACUUUGUCAGCCACCACGUGAGAACCAAAUUGGACGAACUCAAAAGGCAAGAGGUCAGUCGUCUGAGGACCCUGAUCAAAGCCAAGCAAGACAUUGAAGGAGGGAAUGAUAUUGCGGUAGAUCACCAGGCCUUACUCAAACAGUUUGAAUAUCUAAACCACAUGAACCCUCACACAUUUGAGGUGGAAGAUCUGGACAGACUCAUCAAAUCGGCUACAAAAGAUCUGGAGAAUUACGACAAGGAACGUCAUGAAGAAUUCAAAAGGUACGAGAUGUUGAAGGAGCAUGACAGACGGGAGCACCUGAAGACACUUGAUGAGGAGGGCAGGAGGAAAGAGGAGGAGCACUAUGAGGAGAUGAAGAAGAAACAUGCUGAUCACCCCAAAGUCAAUCACCCUGGUAGCAAGGAUCAACUGAGAGAAGUGUGGGAGGAGGCUGAUGGCCUUGAUCCUGAAGAUUUUGACCCCAAAACAUUCUUCAACCUGCAUGACACAAAUGGAGAUGGCUUCUUUGAUGAGCAAGAGUUGGAAGCCCUGUUCACUAAGGAGCUGGAGAAGAUCUAUGAUCCAACUAAUGAAGAGGAUGACAUGUUGGAAAUGGAAGAGGAGAGGCUGCGAAUGAGAGAACAUGUCAUGAAUGAGGUUGACUCCAAUAAAGACAGACUGGUGUCCUUAGAUGAGUUCCUGGUUGCUACAAAGAAAAAAGAGUUUCUGGAACCGGACAGCUGGGAAACUCUAGAACAGAACCAGGCUUACACUGAGGAAGAAAUGAGAGAGUUUGAGGAGCAGUUGGCCAGGCAAGAGCAAGACAUAAACCAGAAAUCAGCUGACCUUCAAAAACAGAGAGAGGAACUGGAGAGACAGCAGGAACAGCUCAAUGCCCAGAAAAUAGAACUGCAGCAGGCUGUGGAGCAUAUGGAACGGUUAAAAACACAGCAAGUACAGCCAGAACCUGAGAUGCAUUUUGAAGGAAAUGCUGUUCCAGAGUCACUAGGCCAAAACCAACCACUCCCUCCUGAGCACCAGCCUUUGCCCCCUGGACAUCAGGACAUCCCUCCAGAGCAACAAGUACCACCCCAGAAUCAACAGGAUCUGGGACAAGGACACCAAAAUAUAGACCAAAACAACCAACCCAAAGAUCCUCCGCAGAUUCCCCUCGAUCACAACAAUGUGCUAUAGGACCAUCAUAUGGCUUUUACUGCUUAAUGGCUACGUGUGAUUGUGUGAAGCAACAGACCUAGCGACAGGCUCAAAGAGACUUCAACAAACAGUACCUCCUGCCCAGUAUGAGUCAAAGAUUACCUGCAUUCAUGUGUGUUGCGAGAAUUGUCUGGUUUCAGUAAAUGCAAACUUUGUUGUUUGACAUAAACAUGUUUGAUUUUUUUUGUUUUUGAAAGUAUCUUUUUAAAUAUGUUGUGGAGAUUUUAUUUGUGUUUAAUUUGUAAUGGCUACUUGUACUGGAAGUUUAUGGAUUCGUUUUUUUAAUUGAUUAGGGCUAUCCUGAACUUUUAGCUACAUUGGGAAUUUUCAGAUUGAAGUUUGUCAGACGUGUCAAUAAAAGCAUCUAUUUGAGAAGGAAAAAAAAACCCAGUUUUUGCUUUUUGAACAAGGUUAAAAAGCAACUUCAGUUAACAAAUUGAGUUUUCGUUAUUCAUUUUAGGUAGUAAUUCAUGCAAAGCGAACAGGUUUAAUCUGUUGAAAAUGUGUUAGUACUUACCGCAGAUUGUCAAAAGCGUCAGUAUUUUGUAUCAUGUCCUUCUGCAUUGUAUCAAGUACUAAUAACCUAUAAAUGUGUGCUGUUUUUAACAUUUAAACAA